CUCCAAUCGGGUGUGAAAUCUGAUGUCCUCAAAAUUAAGAGGGGUGUAGUAGAAGUCAGGUCAGGUUGGCAAAUUCUGUGCUAGGAAAGUGCAAAACAUGAUGCUUGGUCGUCCAAGUUCAACCACGCUUUCCCAAAAUAGCAAAUCCUCUUUUACGGUCAUUGAAGGGACGACUUGAUUAUAUUAUUUAUGCAUCUACCUAUGAAGUUCGUACAUGCCUUCAUAUGUUACUUCAGCAUCGGGACCGAUUCUUGUCUUGCACCUGCCAUUUUUGACACUCGAGGAAAUUUCUUCAAUUAUCUGUAGCUCAGUUAUUUGAAUUCCCAUUUUCAAAAGUUUGGUUCUUUGCAUCGCAGACCUAAGCCUUAAGUCUUAGCCAUUUUUACAACCUCCUUUGAGUCUGUGACCAGUGCGAUUCGGCCUAACAACUAUUUGAUGCUCAUCGAUCUAGUUAAAUGGUCCAUCGAGAAAACAUCUCCUGCAAAUUCCCCAUCUGUCAUUGCCAUCAUGCCAAAUGAAAAGCACGAAAAGCCUUUCCAUGUGUACGAGGAUCAUGACGCCACUAAACCAGAAUACUGUACUGGCGAUUUCCUCUGCUCCCUCUGUUUCAAAGACAGUACAACUCUAGGCCCUUGCACGGCAUGCUGUAAAGGAUGUCCAAAAUGUGGUACCUUACUCAGUGAAUCGUUGAAACAAGAACAAAGUGCCUUCCCUGAAGAUGCGGUUGUGCAUCUCACCAAGUCGGAAUCAACAACAAAUUCGUUAUUCCAGAUCCCAUCUAACGGUGAAAGUCUAACUACUAAAGCCAGUAGUCAAUCUAUUAGGAAUGGAGAUGCAAUUAAAUCAUCAUCUCUGCCACCUUAUAUCUGUGAACGGGGGCUCCCUCCAGAUGAUGGGUAUCAAACAUCCAUCCCUACAACUCCUAUUCGGUCCCAAUACGUUUCUAAAAACUACAGUCCAGCUUUUUCUGCUCGUCAUAGUGAAUUUCACUCGCCCAUCAGCCAACACCAAUGCAGCCCAUACGUUUCCCCACGCGCCAUACCAAUUCGACAGCCUUCCCGCGACAGCAAGAGCUUAUCUUUGACUGGCAGCCAAGAUUCGCUCAUACCACUUUCACCAGCGGGAACACUCACCGGCCAACAACGCAGCCUGAAAGCAUCUUCAUACGGUGUUCGAACACAUGCUGAUAAAUUAAGAGCUGCAUUAGCAUGUCCAGUCGAUGAACUUCCCCAGAUAAAGUUUAAGCCUUCGAGGAAGACUCCUUUGAGGAAGAAGCUAGGCUUGCUUUUGAGAAGAGUUCAGUACAAGUUUGAGAAGCCCUUGAUUACAAACAACCAUCAGUUGAUCAAGAGCAGUGAUGAUGAAUUGAACUAAUUGAGGGACCAAGAAUAUAAAUAAUGACCCUCGGCAGAAAACGAAAGGAAGAACAUCUUGGAGCAACAGAAGAUAUACUGUUUACAGCGACUAUUUUGGUGGAGCUUUGUCGAAGAAAGAAUAAUGUGUAUGAUAUGAUAUACCCAACCAGCGUUUGAGUUUUAAUGAU